AUGGCGGAGCAGGCAGAGGCACCUCAGCACGAGUUUGUGUACCGGAUCAGCCCAGAAGCAGAAUGGCGCGAGGCGCAGGCCGUUGGAUGCUUCGUGGGUAGCGAUUUCGACAGGCAGAGCGGCUUCAUCCACCUCAGCACGGCCGACCAGGUGGGCGGCACACUGCUGAUGUUCUUCCCGGGGCGGGACGACCUCAUGCUGCUGCAGAUCCGCGCACAUGCGCUCGGAUCAGGUCUGGUGUACGAGCCGGUGCCGGACCUGGGUCACUUCCCCCACUUCUACAGCCCUGCGCCUCCCGCCAACGCCUCUGCCAGUGGGGGCAGUGGAGCGGCGGGAGAGGGUGCGGGCGAGGGCGCGGGUGAAGGGGCGGGGAGCAGGGGCAUGCCUCUGCCAGCCGUGGUGCAGGCAGUGAAGCUGCCACUUGCCCAGGGCGUGCAUGUGCUGCCGCCCUUCCUCUCUGCCUCCUCCUGA